CUAAUCCUCUUCUGCGCAACGCAGGACGAUAGUCAGUGUCGUCAGACGCAGUCUCCAAUUGUUCCGAAGUCAUUUCCUACGACCUUUGGCCGCGGCAGUUGUCGACUCCACCCAGCGAUCCUUAACGUUCGGAAAAUAUACUCCAUACUCAAUCAAAACAUGGCGACUUUUCUUGAAGACCCGCGCCUUCGGCAGCGCUGGAACCAGAUUUCGCAGACAACCGAAACCGUCACCGAGAACGCCGCAGCAGGCAUCUGGAGUUUCGGGCAUACUUAUAUCACACCUUGUCUCGGCUCCGUCGCUUCUGCCUUCGAUAGCUGCACCGCCGUAUGUCUGGGCGACCGCGAGGAGCGUGCUCGACGAGCGAGAGAGCGCCAGAGAGCACGAGGAGCUGCCGAAUUUAGCUUUGACUUCUAUGAUGAUUGGGAUGAGGAGUUCGGCGAUCAAGACGGGGGCCUUUUGGGCGGCUGGCGCGCCGAAGAUUGGGAUCGUUUGGUGGCAGGCUCGGGCAAGCGGAAGAGUCAGACUACCGAAAUACAAGAACAGCCGAAAGCUAGAGCUCGUGGUAUGAGUUAUGGUACGAGGGGCUCUAGGAGAAGAGCUAGUGCUCACGAUGAUCCCACCAUCAUUCCAAGUACUGCACCUCUCGGAUUUCUUGGUCGGUUGCCGUUCAAGAUUGGAGGUACAUUGAGGUACAAACCCAGCGCGGCUAAUUUACAGGAGCACCCGGGAUCUAUGAAGCACGCGGAAGAGGGCGAACGUGAGCCAUUAUUAAACGCAGAGGACGAUAGUGAAACCCAUCCCAACAACUUGCCGACGCAGAAUAGGAAGCGAAGCGGUACGGCCGGCAGUGGAGAUACCAGCGACUCAUUUCGGUCACGAGGUGAUCUUUUCCCCAGUGAUGAAGAAGGGGAAGAAGACGCUGUGCCCCUGGAUGACGAGUUCACCCUCCCUCUAGAUCAUGUCGACGACCGAUCAAGUAGCCGCACAAAAAGUAGCAAAGGGAAACGCAUAGCAAAUUACAAGAUAUCGCGAAGCGGGUCGAGGACAACAAUAGCUUCAACAAUGCCAUCAUUACGGCAAGGUCGAUGCUCAAGUUCUGGCCCUCCAAGCCCAAGCCUACUACCAGCGCCAUCUCUUGAGGACGUACAACGAGAAGAGUUACGCUUAGAACUAGAAGAGGAUGAGGCCAUAGAAAGGAAACGUCAAGCUGCCGCUGAUCUUGCUCUUCGCCGGGGGUUAAGUCGAGAAAAUCUACAAAUUGAGUCGGUGACUGAGGUGAAAUCAGAAGUAGUAGAAGUUGAACACGUCCCGAUGCCGGACUCGGCGAUACUCGACGAUGUCUCAAAUGACAGCGGGGCGGAGGCUGGAGGGCAGCCCAGUCCAAGGGAGUUUCUGAGAGAAACCGAGCCACUGGACACAUCGUCAUCGCACGAUGAAUUUAUACCCGCACGAUUACCUCACUUCCGCUAACUUUAUAUAUCUUCAUCUGGUUAAAUUUGGGGAGACUGGGUACUAUGUAGAAUAUAGCGCGGCGUUUUGGGGUAUCGUUUGCUCUUCGUUUGUGAAUACAGUUAUUGGAGCCAAU